AUGAGCCAAGGAUCAUUUCAUGAACCUCCUACUCCAGAAUGGUUGGCCUAUAGAAGACUUGUUUCACAACAGGGAGAAAGGAAACUGAACCCAAAUGAAAAACUGAUCUAUGAUGGUAUGGGACACCAGCAUUAUCAUCUACUAUGGAGUCAAAAAACAAAAAACAUCAUCAAAAACCUGGCACUUGAAGAACUCUUGGUCAAAUCAAUCAAAAACACAGCUGAUGAGAAAUUGGCGCAAAAACUAUCCCAAGACAUUAAUAUUGGAAAACUGGAUGAAGCUGAAUGGGAAAAACUUUUACAUCUUUUGCCAAAUGAACUUGAGGAACUAGGUCAUCUGAUUUCACUGAAGGAUGAUGACCAGACAUUUUCUCACAUGAACAAGUUUUCCAAAAUAUUUGAGGCUCUUCAAAGAUCUUCAGACCGGAUCGAGCUCAAGAAACACAUUCCCUUGACAAAUGAAUCCCCACAAUUUCUUCUCAUAGAAGGCAAAAUGGAACGUGAAAGACAGAAAAAAUUGACAUACAUGGCUGCACAAUUUGAAACUUUGUUCAAUAAAAUCAAUGAUCAUCUUUUUCAAAAUAUGCUUUAA